AUGGCGUGGGGUCUCGUAACAAUGUGUUGCACCUUUGCUGCGCUCGGUUCAUUCCUAUUUGGCUACGAUUCAGGUAUCAUCUCCUCCAGUAUUGCUCAAAAAGACUUUGUUCGGAGGUUCGAAGAUCAAUUGAACGAUGCCUCAACAGGUGGUAUUGUUGCAGCCUUCACAGGAGGAGCUAUAGUUGGGUCUCUUGGGGUAUCCUAUGUAUCUGACACAUACGGCAGACGGAUAGCCAUUUUUGUUGGCGGAAUCUUGGCCACUCUUGGGGCUUCAUUGCAGGGAGCUUCUUAUACAAUUGCGAUGCUAAUCGCUGGGCGAUUUAUUGCUGGAAUAGCGAUAGGGCUAAUGUCUGCUACGAUUCCUGUAUAUUGCUCGGAAAUAGCACCUCCGCGUAUUCGAGGUCUCCUUGGAGGCAUGCAACAGUGGAUGCUUGGAUGGGGUUUCUUCGUUGCAUCAAAAUCAGCCAAAGGUGACACGGUAUACCAGCAAUGGGUUGGGUUUGGAAGCUCCCAUGCCAAGAGCUCCUUUUCCUGGCGCUUCCCCCUAAGUCUCCAAGCAUUCCCCGCUGUGAUCCUUGUAAGCGGUGCCUUAUUUAUUCCCGAAUCUCCUCGGUGGCUUAUUGAGCACGGUCAGUCCGAGGCUGGCCGUGAUGUCCUGGUCCGUUUACAUUCAAACCACACCCAUCCCAACACCUCCCUCAUUGAACGCGAAUACAAACAAAUUUGCGACACCAUUGCUCUCGAACAACGCGAAACCUCAAAAUCCUGGCGAGAAAUUCUCAUCACUAACCGAAGCUGGCGCCGCCGCAUUCUCCUCGCCAGUAUUAUCCAAGCCCUGACUCAAUGCUCCGGUGUCAACGUUAUCCAAUAUUACGGUCCUCGGCUAUACGCCACGCUCGGAUUUUCUAUCUCGCGCUCUCUAAUGAUAAUCGGCAUAUCCGGCGCUCUCGCGCAGACUUGGAAUACGCUAUGCCUUGUGUUAAUUGACGUCAUUGGUCGACGCAAGCUUCUCAUUCCCUCCUUACUCGGCAUGGGCGCAGCCUUGUGCGUUGAAGCGACGCUAUCGCACUACUUCAACCCGGAUAAUUCAACGAACAAACAAGCACUCCGCGCCUCCGUUGCCAUGUAUUUUGUCUUUUCGUUCUUUUACACAUCGCUUGGUGUGAUAUCGUGGGUAUACCCUGCCGAGAUAUUCAGCAUGCCAGUCCGGGCGCGCGGAACAUCUGUCAGUACAUUCGUUAAUUGGUCUUUCAAUCUCUUGUUUGCGCAGUGUGCACCGAUUGGGCUGUCCAGAAUUCAGUAUCGGUUUUUUUACUGCUUUAUGGCGUUUAAUUGGGUUGGAGCAGUAAUAGUUUGGUUAUGGUUUCCGGAAACUGUAGGGAAAUCAUUGGAAGAGGUGGAAGAGGUGUUUACAGACAGAAAAGUCAGUCGAACAGCGAUUGGGGCGCGCGGUGUAAUUAGUCCUAAUAGCGAUGGGAAGGAGUCUUUGGUUAUCUCAAGUUUUAGUGAACAGACGAAGGCAGCCGUCUAA